CGGGCCAGCAGGCAGGCAAGCAGGCGUGGGCAGCUGGGGCGCGGAGACACAAAGAGCCUGGGAGACAAGUGCGUGGAGAUCGGAACCCAGGAGUAGGUACCACAACGAGAAAGUGCCCAGUAGUGGGCAUAUAGGGCAGAAGUACAGUCGCGCGAUGUCCGCCUUCCUCGACUACUUUGCUGCUGAGUGUCUGAUGUCCAUCUCCAACGGUGCGGUCGUACACGGAGUGGAGCCCCCCGAACUUGUGGAGACCGGCGAGGACAGGGAGGUGCGGGACACUCUGGGCGACUCUGCUGGGCAACAAGCCAGUUUGUUAAUGGUAGCCAAUAUUUUGACCGAUUUACAUCGCUCCCGUCCCCUCUCUGCCCACUCUGAGAGCAGCAACUCGUCGCUUGGAGAGAGCUGCGGCGGCGAGAGUGGCUACAGCAGCGGGCGCACGACAGCCAAUACUCCUACUCUUCCUGGGCAACAACAUCUGCCAAGCAGCAGAUCGCCUUCAUCCCUCUCCAACUGUUCAUCGUCUUCGUCAUCCUGCUGCAUACGAUCACCCGGCAAGCGACACCCGUGUAGCUUCCAGGGCUGCGAUAAAGUCUAUGGCAAAUCUUCUCAUCUUAAGGCGCACAUGCGGACCCACACAGGAGAGCGACCAUUUCCUUGCACUUGGCCAGACUGCACAAAGAAGUUUGCCCGCUCCGAUGAGCUUGCUCGCCACUACCGCACCCAUACAGGAGAAAAGAAGUUUCCAUGUCCACUCUGUGUGAAACGUUUCAUGCGUAGUGACCACCUGAUGAAGCAUGCCCGGCGACACCCUGAUUUUAAGCCAAGCAUGAUCAAGCGGCCAGGCUUUCGAAGUGACUCAACCACACAGUCUGUUGCUUUCAUGCCUUGUAGUCCAGCCAUGAGCCCUGUGCCCAGUCCUGUGAAAUUUCUGUGACAGAUUGGCAUUUUCUUGGAGUAGCUACGCUUCUGGGCAGGCAUUGUGGAACUUAAAGGGAAAAAUUCUGGUGCUUGACUACGUAGCAGUUUCUCAAGCCUUGUUUUGAAGGACAGAAUUUCAAGGACUCCAGCAGCAAGACUGGCUCAAAGACUUUGUAAUGUGUACUUGCCUUAGUAGCUUAUGCACCACUUUUUAUUCCGUUUUUAAAUUAUUAAUCAUCUGUCACUUUACUAUUUUUUUUUGGAAACAGUGUAUGUCUUUUUUGGCACAUCAGGUAAAAUGGUUAAAACAUUAAAAAAAAAUAAUAAUAAUAUAAAGUACAACUUACAAUUUGCUGUGGAAUAUUUCAGAGUAAUCAUAGGACAUGCUUGAUGAAGCAUUGAGUGUGACUGAAUCACUGAGUGAUGCAAUCAGUCGAGGGUCAUCUCUCGGAGUGAUGCCUGUUUUCAGAGUAUGGUUUAGAUACUUACUGGGACAAAGUCUUAGUCCUGACUACAGGGUUUACGUUUGUUUAAAAAAGUAAUGAAAAUAAAAAAAAAAAAAAAGCAGUUAUUUUAUUUUUCAUAACAAAGGGAUGAGAACACCGUAGGUUGGAGAGAAAUGCCUACUACAGCUGCAUUCUGCAAGCCUGGAUCUGUUCUACCUGUUUUCUUUUAACAGUUGCUUCUCUUUAUUUGAGAUAGUAGCAUCAUAUUGACGCUUACUGUGAAAAGCAUAUUUAUUCUCCUGUUAGAGAUGUGUGUAGGGUUGGAGGUUUAAAUACAAACCAUAUGGCGGCAGUAUAGACAUUUUGAAAUCUGUAUGAUCAGUAGUCCAUUUUCAUUGAAGCUGAAAGUGUGUGCUUUUUCUUCCCCAGGAGAGAUUUCAUAUCCAAGAUCUAGGGCUUUAGUAACUACUGCAUGUGAUAUAUAGAUAAUUAGCUCAGAGGGGGAACCAAUCAGAAGCACCUUGGUAACUGCUUCUGUCCCUGACAAGAACACUGGAAUGGCAGGAUGGUAGGCUGUGACUUCCACUCCAGUAAACCAUUAUGGCUCAUUCAUUAUUACUGCAGAACAGCAUCAUAUUUUAUGACGGCAAUGGCACUGCAUCUCAGGAUUGCAGAAGCUUCAUUUGAAUUUUACAGACUAAGUAUCCCUUAGUAAAUGCUGGGAUGAGUAUGUAGAAUUAUUUGUUGUAUUUUUUCCUGUAAACUGUUGUUUCUGGGAUAUAUUUAAACUGAGAAAGGAGCAUCAGCCUGCCAGCACUCAUAGUAGGAGUGUCAGUAUUUCCUGUACUAAUUUACUUUAGCAGCUUUCUCUGGUAAGCCUAUGUGUUUUGUUGUCUGUUAUCAAACACACACUUUCAAAACUCCUUCAUUAAGGAAGUAAGAGAUUGUGCACUGGAUUGUACAGUGUGGUAGGGUGGGGGGUUCCAACCACUGCUGACACCCUACAUCCUUCCCUACCUUAUGUCUGUAAUAAGUCAACUGGAAUAUUGUUUGUGUCCCGUAAUCUUAAUUUCUCCUUGUGUGAGUGUGUUUACUGUUUUUACUUGUACCAUACUAAGCUCAGUACCAACAUGCAGCUUGUUAAUUGAUAGCCAUUUAAAGUAAACAAACAGAACAGCCAUGGUGGCUAACUUUACACUUGUGUCUGAAUUUACAUUACAUGCAUGUGUGUGUAUAUGUAUAUGUAUAUAUAUGUAUAUGUAUGUGUGUGUGUGUGUAUGUAAUAUAUAUGACUCUACUUCUAAUAAUCGAAAGACCACUUACCCGAAGACAACUUUACUGAGACAACACCAAACUGUUAAUUUAUGGAAUGAUCACAAUACCGAAUUUUUUAACGGGGUAAGUGUGCACUUGGCCAACAUGGGGAAAUUUGCCCUUUUCCCCACUGGAGUGUGAUCCUGGAGUUGGUAUAUUUAGUUGGGGGGGUCAGCCCCCCUACCUGCAUGGGUUUGACAUAUUGCAGUGUGUUUUUUCUUUCAGUGUUGCCAAGUGCAUACUUACCCUGUUAAAAAAUUCAGUAGUGUGAUCAUUUGAUAAAUUAACAAUUCGGUGGUAUUGUCUUGGUAAAGUUGGGUAAGUGGUGUUUCGAUUAUUAGAAGCAGACCCAUCUGUAUUAAUAUGUAUGUAUAUAUAAGUUAAAGAAAGGUAAGCAGCCUUAAGUAUGUCUUAGAUCAGAACAAUCAUUAAAGUAAUUGUUAUAAAUGAUCCACAGUUUACCUAAACCUGAACUGCACAUAAAUGAAAAAGAAGGCCAGCAAUCAAAUAAGUCGACUGUCACAGUUAAAUAAAUAUAAGCAUAUUUAUUUUUCCUGGGAGGGUUGGGCAAGCCUUCUGCAUCUCAAUAUCAUACCCUUAAGGGUAAUGGGAAGCUUCCUUGUUCCCACAGUUCUGUAAUCUUACUGAAAACACUGGCUGUUUUUCCCAUUUAUUUUAAUCCACAUCAGUGUAACGCACCUAAUUUUUUAGCAGUGGUCUUGAGCAUUUUUUUAACUUUGGCUUUCUCUGUAGGUUUUAUAUUGGAUACCGAUUAUACUUUUUGAUGAUUUGUUUUGUAUUUUGAACUGUAGGGGAUGAUCACCCUUGAAGAAUAAAAUAAAGAAUAAACCUGUUGAUUAGUCAGGCCUAACUGAAAGUUAGGUGUCUCAGGUUAAUUCAGGGUAACGCGGAAGAAAAUUGUUUAUUCUAUUGGUAUAAAACAUUGCCCACCAGUGUAUGCAGAAAUUAAAAAUCAAGUGGAAAUAGUAGAUCUUUUUUAUCCACAUUCCUAAAAGACCCAUGAUAUGGAGAUCAGGUCAUUCCUUAGGUAAACAAAGUAAUUGGUCAGGAUUAGCAUCACUUAAGGGUAAGAAGCAAAGGAUGGCAAAAGUGCUACAUUUAUAUCCUGCUGUUCCAUUUCCUACCUACAAGUGAACCUUUGGAUAGAGUGUUUUUUUUCUUUGUAGUCUGGUUAUAUUUUUACAUAGAAAUCUUUUGUGAAAUAACUUGCUUUAUUUCUCAUUUCUUUUUCAGCUUCACAGUCCACAUGCAUGGUGCAUGUCUAAUCUCUGCUGAUGGCCAAUUUUCUAUUAAUGUAGCUUUUUAAUAUCUGUUUAUAAAUGUCAACAGAUACAUUUUUUUAUCUUUCUUUCACAUCAACAGAACAACUUCAUCUUAAUUUUCUUUAAUGUAUUGUGUCUUGCACUGUUUGUAAUGCAGCAGGUAGCACACGUGCCUUUGGUGUUGUAAAGUCAGAAGGCUGUGAGUUCAGUUCUCCACUCAGGUGCAUGGAUUAAAUUCCAGUACUGACACUGCAGUGCAUUAUAAAUCCUGUGUGUGCCAUCCUUCAGAUGAGACAUUGAACUCAUGUCCCAUCUGCCUUAGUUAGUGGUAGCUCAGGUGGAUGUAAAAGAUCCAUUGGCACUUAUCGAAAAAGAGUAGGGGAAAGUCUCCAACACCCUGUCCAAAUGUUCCCUAGUAGUUUAAAUGCCACUUUGGGUCUUCACUGAAAAGAGGUCAUUGGCCUAGAGGGAUUAAGCCAAUCAACAAACGAUAAAUAAAUAAAAAGUAUUAUAACAGAUGUAAAAUAAAAUACAUCCUUCUGAGUUCUACGUUUCCCUUCCCUCCCACCUGUAGACACAGUGUAGCUUUUUCUCUCUUUCUCUAACCCCUUGUGUUAUUUCUCCUUCCAGUGCCAUGUUAUGAUGUCCUCUUAUCAGUCUGUACUUCUCUCCCAUUGACUGCUGUCUUUCCCUGCUUCCCUGAUUCUACCCGUUUUAGAUUUACUUUAUCAUUCCUUAUCCUUCAUUCUCGAUUUGUCCACUGUGUCCAUGUUUUCCAUUUUCUUGCAUGAACCUUUCCCUUCUUUUUUCCCUUCCCUUCUCUCUGCUUCCUCUUGUUGAGUUACUAGCGGUCUAAUGUCUUCCCCUAUUGAUGAUGGUUCUUUUUUUUCUUCUGAUUGCUUUUUUCCCCAUAUUGUCUGCAUAUUAUAACACUAAGCAUUC